UCGUCCCCCGAUUACGCCUCCGCCUCCGCCUCCGCCUCCGCCUCUUCCCCUCCCCGAUGCACGCCGCGGCCGGCCGCAUCCUCUCCUCCAACGGAGCGCCGUUCUCCUCCUCGCUGCACGCCCCUCCUCCUCUCUGCACGCCUCUCUGCACGCCGUUCUCCUCCUCGCUGCACGCCGUUCUCCUCCUCGCUGCACGCCCCUCCUCCUCUCUGCACGCCUCUCUGCACGCCGUUCUCCUCCUCGCUGCACGCCGUUCCCCUCCCCGACCACCUCUCUGCACGCCACUCCUCCUCGCUACUGUUCUCCCGACGUCAUUCAUCCUCGCGACGCACGCCGUUCGCCUCCUUUCUGCAUGGACCGCCGAAGAGUCCCACCGCCGAUCGCAGCCUUUCACGGACCACCGUUCGCCGCCUCUCCGUUCGUCACCGAGGCCUUUCCAUCCGCCGGCCAUCGCCGUCUUUCCGAGGCGUCGUCGUCGUCCCAACAGCACUUCCUCCAUCGCCAUCGUCGCCGGUCUUCCUAUUUUUGUUCACCACCGCCGCCGUCCUCGCCGUCGCUGGUCUUCCCGUCUUUGCUCACCACCGCCGCCGCCGUCGCCGUCGUUCUCGUCGCCGUCCCUGUUGGUGGUUCAGCAAAAACUAGAUGUCAAGGGUUUAAGGAUGGAUGAGGAAGUUUGUGCUAGCAUCAAGAUACUUCUUUCAUUGAAGUCAAAGGAUCAAAGAUAUCGGCUUCAUAUGCAUUACCUUAACCAUGGAAAGGACUCAGUCUAGUACUGUGACCACAGCAGAGUGGAUAGAUCUUUGUACUUACUGAAGCAAGAAAAAGAUACAGCUAACGUGUGAGCAUAACAAAAAAUCUAGAAGUUUUGUUAAGUGCCAAGCAAACAUCAGGUCAAAAGCUUUUGUACCUAUAUGGCAUGAGAUUGUGAGAUAUCGUAUUUUGAUUAUGACUAAUAUCAUUUGACAUUUAAGUUUCUUGCAAUAGUAACUCAUCUUUUAAAUAGAGUGAAAAUGAAUUGAAUGGAGAAGAGUGCGAUUGAAUUAUGUUAUGGUAUCGUACUCAUUACACCAGAGGUCAUAGUGAUACUCCAGGUAGAUGGACAACUCUCGAGUAUGAGGCAAAAUGGAUGCUAGAGCAGUCCAUAUCCGAUGGAUAUCCUAUGACAGCAGACCAGAUAUGCGAUAAAGUUUUGGGGACUAGAUCGGAUUAUGUCUAUAGUUUGGGAGUUGGACCUCAUCCAGAAGAAAAGAGUUCUUUUUUUAUAUUUAAGAAGAGACUUCAAAAGGAGUUGAAGCAGUCACAAAAGCAUAAUGAAAAGAUGAAGAAGGAGAUUGUAGACAUUAAAGCAUAGAUGGAGCGUCAACAAAAAAUUUUGAAAGAUUUAUGCGCAUCACAGAAUAUUUCUUUAUCAGAUUUAUGAUGUAAGUUACUUAAGUUAUUUUUUUAAUAUAUCCUUAACUCUAUUUUAUAAGCAUAAUGGAACAAUAUAUGUAUUUUGUUACUGUAAUAUAUAGAAAAUUAAUUGAUUAUGUUUUUCUUUU